AUGAAUGCCUCUCUGAACGCCGUCGUAAGCGACAUUUCGAAGAAGAUCAAGGAGCAGGAAGAGGAAAGGAUCGCCCAGGACGCAGAGAACGCCAGCCUCCGCUCAGACCUCCAGGCGCUCCUUCAGACCUACGAUGAAAACAAGGCCGCCUCCGAGAAAUCCCUCAGGGGCCACGAAGAGGAGGGCGUGAAGCUGGCCAAGCGCCUCGAGAGCCUUGCCGCCGCAGCACAAAUAUCUUUGGGCAGAGAGGAGGGGCUGAGGAAAGCCAUCGGAGGACUUGCGGAAGCAGAGGGAGUGCUUCGCAAAAGGGUUGGCGAGCACGCCACUCGCCUGGAGCGCCAGGAAGCCGGCCUCAAGACGUACCUCGAGUCCGUCCAGCGCCUGCAGGCCAACGAGACCAAGCUGCUCGUGUCCAUCGCGCGCCUCUCUAAGGAAAAGACCAGCCUGCUCGCUCGCGCGGGCUGCCUGGUGGUGGGUGGUGAGGGUGGUGUUGACGACGCCGGCGGUGGUGGUGGCGGGGGCGACGACAGAAGCGACCGCCGUGACGAUGAGAAGCUUGGAGAGGACGGUAUGCGGGCGCUCCUGCGCGAAAAGAAGCAGGCGGCGGCCGAGGCUGAACGUGAGAAGGACCGCCUCCAGGCUCGCUGCCGAGAGUUGCAGGCGGAGCGGAAGGCGAUCGCGAGCAAGGUGAAAUCAGUCGCGGCUACCACCGCCGAGCGAGACAAGGGCGAGGCUGGCGUUGCGGAGGGCGAGACAGAGAUCGGUACGGCGGAGGACAAGAUAGAGAAUGGCGACACUGCACAGGAGAAGGCUUGCACUGCCAGCUAG